CAGGAUUUCCAAAGUGAAAGGGCGAGAUAUCACAAAAAGCAAUGCAUUUACUAAAUAAAAUCCCUCAAUUCGACUGGGAUUAGUGGCUAGCUUUUGGAUUCGAUUAGUAGGUAGCAAUUGUUCGGCUGUUCAUAAGUCUUGUUUCAGAAGCCUCGUCAUCAAAUCCCAAAACCUCAUCUAAUCUCUUCCCUGUCUUCCCCAAACUACAAAUGUUGUCUCUUCGGCUAACCUCUUUCACGCACCUCUUCUCCCCACCCUCUUCCGCCUACAUUACUCGCCGUUCCCCGGCAAUUCUACGGCGGCGUCACCUUCUCCGGCCCCGACCGCUCUCCGCCCAAAGCGCCGCGGCGGAGACCCGGGACCGAGUUGACAACUCGAAGAACCGAGUCCCCGAGCGAGUCAUCACGCCCAGGUCACAUGACUUCAACGCUUGGUACCUGGACGUUAUCGCCAACGCUGAGUUAGCUGAUUACGGUCCGGUUCGCGGCACAAUGGUCAUUCGUCCCUACGGUUACGCCAUUUGGGAAGCCAUUCAGGAGUAUUUGAAUGUGAAGUUCAAGGAGACUGGACAUAGUAACAUGUAUUUUCCACAAUUUAUCCCAUACUCAUUUAUAGAGAAAGAAGCAAGUCAUGUUGAGGGUUUCAGUCCUGAGUUAGCACUUGUGACAAUUGGGGGUGGAAAGGAACUUGAAGAGAAACUCGUGGUCCGGCCUACGAGUGAAACCAUUGUGAAUCAUAUGUUUACUCAGUGGAUCCAUAGCUACCGUGAUCUUCCUCUCUUGAUUAAUCAGUGGGCAAAUGUGACAAGAUGGGAGAUGCGCACUAAACCAUUUGUGAGAACUCUUGAAUUUCUUUGGCAAGAAGGGCAUACUGCUCAUGCGACUCCAGAUGAGGCAGAAAAUGAGGCUAUACAGAUGAUUGACAUCUAUACCAAAUUUGCUUAUGAGCAAGCUGCAAUACCUGUUAUUGCAGGUCGAAAAUCUAGAGUGGAAACAUUUGCUGGUGCUUGUAAGACCUAUACGAUUGAGGCUAUGAUGGGUGAUAAGAAAGCAUUACAAGCAGGAACCAGUCACAACCUUGGGCAAAACUUUGCCCGUGCCUUUGGAACACAGUUCACAGAUGAAAAUGGACUUAGGGAAUAUGUUUCGCAAACAUCAUGGGCAAUUAGCACCCGUUUUGUUGGAGGUAUCAUCAUGACACAUGGAGAUGAUGCAGGCCUAAUGCUUCCCCCUAAGAUUGCACCGAUACAGGUGGUAGUUGUACCCAUUUGGAAGAAGGAUGAUGAAAAAGUGGCAGUUCUAAAUGCUGCAACGUCGGUAAAAGAAGUUCUUCAAAGAUCUGGGAUUAAAGUUAAACUUGAUGACUCAGAUCAAAGAACCCCUGGAUGGAAAUUCAAUUUCUGGGAAAUGAAGGGAGUUCCUCUUAGAAUCGAAAUUGGUCCUCGUGAUGUGUCUAGUGGUAGUGUGGUGAUAUCCAGGAGAGAUAUCCCUGGGAAGCAAGGGAAAGUGUUUGGAAUCUCUAUGGACCCUUCAAAUUUGGAGGCUUAUGUUAAAGACAAGUUGAAUGAGAUACAGUCUUCUCUUUUGGAAAGGGCAAUUGCAUUUCGGGACAGUAAUAUUGUAGAUGUGAGCACAUACGAUGAUCUUAAAGUUGCAAUUUCACAAGGCAAAUGGGCCAGGGGCCCUUGGUCUGCUAGUGAUGAAGAUGAGUUAAAAGUGAAAGAGGAAACUGGGGCAACUAUUAGGUGUUUUCCUUUUGAGCAGCCGCCAGGGAUUAAAAGAUGCUUGAUGACUGGAGAUCCUGCUGAAGAAGUGGCUAUUUUUGCCAAAUCUUACUAACACUGCUAGCACAUUUUUAGUUCACCACUUUUAAGUGGGUUGAUAAAACUAAUUGAAGUGUAACAUUAUUUCAUUUCUUAAAGAAGGAUUUUUUUAUUUAUUUUUUUAAAUUACAGGACAUGAUAGUAUAAAUUAAGCAUCUUUUGGAAAGAGAAUAAACUUUCUUGAAUGUAUUAUUAAUUGAGUCGUGGGAUAUGAGCGGUUACAUUCCUUAUAUGGAGCAGAACUGGAAGUUUCCAAAAAUCAUGUACAAUUUUGUAAG